CUCGGCUGCCGCCUUCUCACACAGACAGGAAUCCGCUUACAGAGCGUCCAAAUACAAAAAGGGACCUUCGCGUUUCACUUGAUAAUUCUCGACUGUCUUCACUCCGCGAAUUAUAGAGGAAGUGCAACGGCAAACCGCACGGCUCUGAUCGCGUAUCGCAGACGUUUGAAUUCUCGCUUUGUUUUGUUUCUUUUUCUCCCUGGAAGUACUCUUUUCAACACAAGGACGUGUUCCGUAGCGACGCGAAGCACGACCUCGACUUUAGUAGACAUGUGUGUGAGACAAGACCGCCAAUGGAAGACCCUCCUCGCGUUUUUUUUGGUUCUCGGUGCUGCCGUGGUCAACAUACAUGGACAAGCUCCAAAGGAAAGCUAUGGCAUCAGUAGGAGAACACCAGACCCUGCCAGGGACUCGUCAACACAGGACACAGAGAGCGAAGUGCACUCUGUUACCACUGUCUCGCCAAUGAACAUCCCCAACCACCGGCCUGUUCUCGAGGGCCUGCGGUUUCACGAACACCUACUUACAAGGGAUUUCCAGGGGGACCAGCACUUUUUUAGGAGUGAUGGCUCUGUGGCUGCAUAUUCCACCAUGCCAGGCUCGGUGUCCGCCUCAGAUGCGGGAGACCCUGUCACUCAGCUUGUCCCACAUGCAGAUGCCCCACCUUUCUCAGACGUUGCCACCACUGCCACUAAGGCUGCCACCACCCCACUGACCACAUUUACUCCCACAACACCGAGGCCACCCAUGUCUCUCCCUCAAAAGAAGUCCUCUAAGACAAGGGGGGCUGACAAGGUAGAGCCAACAACAGAUUUCCUCACCACGCAAGUGACACCGAAUAAUAUAGGUUCAAUCAAUGAAAACCCAGUGACUUCCGUAUCAUUGCAGAGAAGUCAGCCCCAAAGCUGGAGUCCUUCUCCUGUAGAGGCCACACUGGCACCCUCCUCGAUGAAGAUGGAAAAAGGGGAGGCUAGGGAGACUGCAUUGAAAAACAAAACCAGCCCAGAUUAUCCCCUCCCUAACCUUACUACCCGAGAAGAAGGUACCACCACGACAUCCACAACCAUUAUCACCACCAUCACCACCAUGCAAACAGCAGAGCCAUGCAGCCUGAAUUUCACUGACCCUGAGGGUAACAUUGAAAUCCUGCAGCAACUUGACUCUGGAGUGGAGUGUAACUAUCUGGUUACGGUCUACCUGGGAUAUGGCAUUGAGGUUCAGGUGUUAAAUGUGAGUGUGUUGGAGGGAGAGCAGGUGACAGUGGAGGACACAGGUGGCCGAGAGCCCUUCAUCCUAGCCAAUGAGUCACUCUUGAUGAGGGGCCUCGUGCUACGCAGCUGGAGCAACCAGAUUUCCAUUCGAUUUCGUGGUGACCAACAGCACAACUCCGGAUUUCUCCUGCUGCAUUACCAAGCCUUCGUGCUGAGCUGUGCAUUUCCCAAAGAGCCUGUUGGUGGAGAAGUUACUGUCACGCACCUCCAUGCUGGCGGAGAAGCCUACUUUCGCUGUUUCACCGGCUACAAGUUGCAAGGCCCCAAAAUGCUCGCCUGUCGUAAUGCAACCACACCGUACUGGAGUGGAAAGGAGCCUCGAUGUGUGGCAUCCUGCGGGGGAAUGAUGAAAAAUGCCACCUAUGGUCGUAUCGUCUCUCCUGGUUUCCCUGGCAACUAUAGCAACAAUCUGACGUGCCACUGGGUCUUGGAGGCCCCUGAAGACCACCGGCUUCACAUUCACUUUGAGAAGGUGGCUCUGGCAGAGGAUGAUGACAGGCUGCUGAUUAAGAAUGGGAACAACAUAGACUCUCCCCCUUUGUACGACUCCUAUGAGGUUGAGUAUUUGCCCAAUGAGGGUGUGCUCAGUACUGGACGUUACUUGUUUGUAGAGUUCACCACAGACGGGACUAUGACCUCCACUGGUGCAGCCAUCAGAUACGAAGCUUUUGCAAAAGGCAUGUGUUAUGAGCCUUUUGUGAAGUACGGCAACUUCACCGGCAGCGACUCCACCUAUACUGUGGGUGCAGUGGUUGAAUUUUCAUGUGACCCUGGCUACACGCUGGAGCAAGGCUCCGUAGUGAUCGAGUGCGUGGACGCACAAAACCCACAGUGGAAUGAGACUGAGCCAGCUUGUAGGGCUGUUUGCAGCGGAGAGAUCACAGACUCAGCCGGUGUGGUGCUGUCUCCUAAUUGGCCUGAGGCUUAUGACAAGGGUCAGGACUGUAUCUGGGGUAUCCAUGUGGAAGAAGACAAGAGGAUCAUGCUUGACAUCCAAGUACUCAAUGUUGGUAAGAACGACCUGCUGACCUUUUAUGAUGGAGAUGACCUGACGGCAAACAUCCUAGGCCAGUACAGCGGCACACGGCCACAUUUCAAGCUCUACACUUCCAUGGCAGAUGUCACUAUUCAAUUUCAGUCCGAUCCUGCAACCAACAUCUACGGCUACAACAACGGCUUUGUGGUCCACUUCUUUGAGGUUCCGCGGAACGACACCUGCUCUGAGCUACCUGAGAUCACCAAUGGCUGGAAGAGCACGUCCCACCCUGACCUCAUCCAUGGCACCGUCAUUACCUACCAGUGCUACCCUGGGUAUGAGCUGGUGGGCUCGGAGAUUCUCAUGUGCCAGUGGGAUCUCACUUGGAGCGGCGAUGUGCCGAGAUGUCAGGAAGUUAUGAUAUGUCAGGACCCUGGAAAUGUGGAGCACAGUCACAAGGUGAUCACAGGCAACCGUUUCGCCGUUGGAUCUACAGUGCAGUUCAUCUGUAAUAAAGGCUACAUCCUGUCUGGCAGCAGCCUCCUCACCUGCUACAACCGAGAUUCAGCAACACCCAAGUGGAACGAGAGGCUGCCCAAGUGUGCCCCUGAAAAGUACGAGCCAUGCAGGAACCCCGGCGCUGCCUCCACCAGUGUGCAGAGCUCUGAAAAGGCCUUUUACCAAGCAGGGGAGAUGCUGACCUUCUCCUGCCAUUCAGGCUACGAGCUGCAGGGGGGUGCCACCAUUUACUGUAUCCCUGGACACCCGUCACAGUGGAAUAGCACUCCCCCUGCCUGCAGAGCAUCCUCAACCCAAUAUGUGAACGAACGCAGGCUAGAUGUUGUUAACGUGGAUAUCAGCAUGGAGGGAACCAAUAUUGCCCUUGCAGUCUUGAUUCCGACUGCAAUCGUCUUGGUGGUUGUCCUCGGGAUUUAUGUCUACUUUGCAAAACUUCAAGGAAAGACCAUCAGAAUGCCGACAUCCUCGCCACCGUAUGACAACAUGACAGAAGAGUCAGCUUUUAACAACCCUAUAUAUGAGAGCGGACCCUGGCAGUCUCAUUCUAGAUACUAAACCCUGACAGUCUGUCCACUUUGGCUGUACUGCUGAAGAGCUAUGAGGUGAGAUCUCCUUCUGAUGCUGAGGGCACAUCUCACUCACUGUCACCUGACCCUUUGUUUCGACUACCUCUCCCAACCGGCGGCACAUUCUGAUCUGGUCUAGUGUCUUUUAUUUACACUGGAUGUCUAAAAUCACAUGUCUGUAUUUACAGACCGAGCUAAUGUAAGUACAGCAUACAGAACAUAUGGCUGGUGAGAAAUGAAAACCCAAUGUUGGGGCAGUCAUAAGACACGUGGCCUCUUGUGAAAUACAAAUAAUGUUCAUUUACACCUAAAAUCAUGAAUAACCAAUUUGAAAGAAUCCCUUCUUCUUAUUGUUUUUUUUUCACUUGAAUCCAGCCUCUUCCCCUUGCGUCUCAUUGCAUUCUAACAUUUCUGUAAAUUUGAUUAUAAGGGGUCGUUGUAAAAUAACAAUUGUAUGUGUGAUUGUGACAUCUAUAUCACAUGCAAACUGGUUGUCAUUAGUGUUCAUAUUGUCUUGUUGUCAGCACUUUAUUUCAGGCUGUGUAAGUCAUUAUUUUGUAAUUUGCUUGUUUCUUAUAUGAUUGGUGAAGUUGCCAACAUAUUAAUACAUGUAGAACAUAGAGAAAAAGAAUUGUCAGGAUUGGAUUGGAUAAAUCCUGAUGUGCAUCUUUUUAGUCUUUCAGUUGGUAUCGAUAGUAAAUGAUAACGGCAAUAAGGGUAAAAGUUGUCCACCGUACAGUAACACAUCCAAUAAUAUCUCUUCUCAUUAUGUUAUUAUUCCUGUUUCAGUCACAGCAAAUGGUUUGUGUAUGUUUUCUUAUUUUAGGUUCAUUAAAAUGUACAAAACAACACUGAUGAAACAGCAUUCAUUUUAUAAUAAAUCAUGGUUAUGCCAACACUAUAAAGCAGACAAAUUUUCCCAACAAAACUGACACAGGCCACUUGUCAAUCAAAUCAAAAAAACAUAUAUGUAUAUGUAUAUAUAUGUUUUAAUAUUGCAAAGUCAGUUUUGCUCUAUUUAAAAACAUGUAUUAGUGCAAAUUGUACUAUCCUCUAUCAUUAUGAUUCCUUGUUGACUGAUGUAUUUGUCUGGUCUUUACAGGACAAAUGAAAAAGAUUAAGAGGUGUCCAUUUUGAGACCUUAAAGCAAGAAUUGCUCAAGCUUUGCCUUUCGGGACCCUCUCUGCACUGCUCAUCAUUGUCCUCCAACCGUUUUGUUCCCAAAUGAUUAGUUUUCCUUUUCCCUUUGUGUGAAAUACUGUAAAUAUGUCUCUCUGUCCACGGUCAAAUCUGUGAAGCUGUGGAUCACCAUGGUGAUAUUUUUAUAAAGUAAAAUGGUGAUGACCGUUGGUGAUUGUAUGUUCUUAAGUGCUUUUUGAUGCCCCGAUCCAGUAGCAAUUAAAGACGGAGGGAUGUGGUUUUUGAUUGUUGAAAUCUGUUGGAUACAAACACCCCAUCACCUAACAUUCUUUGGAAAUUUGCCCCCGUUACUGUACUUUAUUUUCUUUGUGUAUGGGUCUGCUCUUUGUAAAUAAACUAUAUAUGUCCAAUGCGAGUGCCUCACGACUGACUAUAACCUGAUAAAUGACACGUGAACAUGUUUGAUGGCUGAAUCUUUUGUUUAAUCAUUAUUUUGUAUUUGUCGGCCUGACAUUCUUAGCGCUCCACGUUGUAUUCAGUCUCUUUAAAUCAUACAGUUUUUCUCUUCAAGAAA